UGGUGACAGUGCUACUGUCACCUACCCCAAGCUAGAGAACUUCGACAAACCACCUUGCAUGAUGGCACAGGAAACCCAGAGGAGCACAGGUCUAGGAGGUCUCUGAGGUGCUGAGCCACCCCUCUUGCCUUCUCCUCAGAGGCCGUGUAUCUCGAAGGAAGAAACACCAGCAGCUCUGACCUGGACCGACCUUCAGGGAAGAUGUGGCCACUCCUGCUCUUAUUGGCCUUUCUUCUGCCCCCUGAGGCUGGGACAGAGGACAUCAUCGGCGGACACGAGGCCAAGCCACACUCCCGCCCCUACAUGGCGUUGGUUCAGUUUGUGGUUAAUGAGAGAAAGAUGAGGUGUGGCGGUGUCCUCCUGCGAAAGGACUUUGUUCUAACAGCUGCUCACUGCUGCGGAAGCUCAAUCAACGUGACCCUGGGGGCCCACAACAUCCAGGUGCAGGAGAGGACCCAGCAGGUCAUCCCUGUGAGAAGAGCCAUCCGCCACCCAGACUAUAAGAACUUCUCCAAUGACAUCAUGUUACUAAAGCUGGCGAGAAAGGCCAAGCAGACUACAGCUGUGAGGCCCCUCAGCCUGCCUGGGGGCAAGGCCCAGGUGAGGCCCGGACAGGUGUGCAGUGUGGCCGGCUGGGGGAGAGUCUCAAUGAGUACUUUAGCAACCACUCUGCAGGAGGUGGAGCUGACCCUGCAGCAGGAUCGCGAGUGUGAGUCCUGCUUCCCCCGCGAUUACAGAGGGGCCUCCCAGAUCUGUGUAGGUGACCCGAAGAAGAAGAAGAGCAGCUUCAAGGUAAGGUUUCCACCAUCUACCUAGACAGACCUAGGGAGAGAGGACCUUAGGGAGCUCUGGGGCAUGAGAGUGGCAAUAUCUCCAUGCCUCAGCCUGAGAGCUUGGGCACCCUGGGUCCACGAAUCCAGUCUUUAGCUUUUCCCCUGAGCGGAUCAGGGGUGCAGGGUGAGGAGGAAUCAGUCAGCCCACAGCAGAGUUCUCACCAA